AUGGUUCUUCCUCCGUAUGGGAUGUUCUCCCCAGUUGUAGGGCUACUUGUGAAGGGGAUAUGGGAGCCCGUUAAGAAGCACAGUGGUGACUGCCUCAAGCCUGGAAGAAAAGUUUGUGAUCUGAAAACUUCUACGGAUGGUUUAAGAGUCCACGUAGACACUAUUGCUGAGCAGAUACAAUUGGGCAAAAGACCGAGGGUUCAAACAACAAGAUGGAUAGAAAGUGCCCAAUCAACUGAAGAAAAAUCACGUGCAAUCAUAAAUAAGUUUGAGGGAAGGAGCAAACAUAUGUUGGGUUGCUCUUGGAAUUGUUGGCUCAACUACAGGAUUGGCCGUGCUGCCAGAAAGAGAAAGAAAGAAGUUGACAAGCUGAAGGAGAGAACUCCCCAGAAUGAUGGUAUCUUCACUUUGCUACCACCAGUUGGCAUAGAACUGCCUCUGCCACCUAAUAUUGUGGGGCAGAACGAGUAUAUGGGCAAGAUUGUUGGUUGCAUUGAGCAAGGUUCCACAUGCAUGGUUGGGAUAUGUGGCAUGGGAGGGGCUGGAAAAACUACUCUUCUUAAGCAAUUAAACAACACCUUCAGUUGCACUGCGGAAAUGCACACAUUUGAUCAUGUGAUCUAUGUGGAAAUUGGUCAGCAACAAAAUCUGGGUACAGUUCAGAAGAGCAUUGCAUCACAGCUUGGCCUGACGCUUGGACAGGAGGAGGACACCACAUCCAGAUCUGCAUCCCUCUACAGGUUCUUGAAGGAAAGGAAGUUUUUAUUAUUGAUGGAUAACCUUUGGCAACCACUGGACCUAGAGAAGGUUGGGAUACCACAAAAAUACUUGCAAAAUAGACAGAUGAUUGUAAUCACAGCACGUGAUCAACAAAUAUGUCGAAGAAUGCAAGCACACAGUGAGGUGUUUCUGUUACAAAAACUCAUGUUUGAAGAAGCGUGGAGUCUCUUUGAAGCGAAUGCGGGCUGCAAUGGACUAACCAAUACCAAUGCACAGAUCAGAGGUUAUGCUGAGAACAUUGUUCGCAAGUGUGGAGGCCUUCCACUAGCUCUUAAGAUAGUUGGCCAGGCUAUGGCAUCAAAAGAAAGUGAACAAGAUUGGGAACUCGCCGUGAGGUUGCUUCAACGGUCUCAGUUCCAUGAAGUUCCAGAUGCAUAUGCAGAAAGUGACUUAUAUCAUGUACUGUACAUCAGUUAUGACCAACUUCCAGACACAAGGACAAAGCAGUGUUUCCUUUACUUUGCCUUGAGAUUACCGGAUUAUGUAAAUGUGCGAUUUGCAAUAGAACUCUGGAUGGGACAUGGAUUACUAGAUGAAGAUAAUGAUCUGAGGACCAACGAUUUGAGAGGUCGUGGUGUUCUUGGCUGUCUAAAAAGAGCUUGUCUGUUAGAAGAACAUGCAAGAGGGCAAAACUAUGCAAGCAUGCACGAUACGAUCAAAGGUCUAGCUCUUUGGAUUGUACGUAGUAAACAAGGAGAUGGACCUAGAAAGAACUGGUUAGUACGUAAAGGAGAUGAAACCAUGAAAUCAGAAGAGUGGUGCACUGCCCAUAGGAUUUCCCUCUAUAACUUGAAUGAUGUGGUAAUCCCUGGUUCUGUGCCUUGCCGUUGGCUAUUAACUCUCUUACUCAGAAGAAGCAACAUUAUUGGCAAUGUUCCUACAGGCUUCUUUCGAAGUGCUCCAUCUCUCACAUUCUUGGAUAUAAGUCGCACUAAUAUCCGGGAACUCCCAUUGGAUGUUGGAGAAUUAGUGAACUUGCAGCACCUUGAUCUUUCAGACACCCUAAUCCAAUCGAUCCCAAGGGAGCUUCAACAAUUGAAAAGUUUGAGAUACCUAUAUCUAAAAAACACUAGGCUGGUAACAAUCCCAGAUGGGACCAUAUCUGGUCUAACAAUGUUGAGAGUCCUUGAUUUAUUCUGUAGUGGUCCUUUCCCAGUGGACACAACACAUGCACUCAUUAAGGAGUUGGAGAGUUUGGCAUGGUUACAAUCUCUGGGCUUCACAGUUAGCGAUCCUAAUUCGCUCCAAAGGAUACUCAACCCUUCUAAUAAAGCCUCCUUGAAAUCCCUUUAUUUGACCAAAGUGGAAGGCUUGCCACAUCUCCAUAUUGCACCAGCAGUUUUUAGCAGAACGAGGGUACAUGAACUCGAGAGGUUGACAUUGUACGGUAUGGAAAGUUUGAAGGAGUUAUCAAUAGGGGAUGCCAUUGUGAAUUCAGAUUGGCAUUUUGGCAAACUUGACGAGCUCAAAUGGUGGGACCUGAGAGAGCUGGAAGUUAUCGUAUGGGAAGGGGUGGUGCCUCAUGCUUGCUUUCCUAAACUUCGUCUGCUACUGAUAUGUGAUUGCCACAGUAUCAAGACACUCUCAUGGAUCAAGCAGCUCCCAUGCCUGGAAGAGGUAUAUUUGGUUGACUGCGAGUCAAUGUUGGAGUUGGUGGCUGACGCUGACAAAGGAGGAACCAUGUCAUCAGCUGCAGUUUCGUUUCCCCGGCUCAAGGUACUUGGACUAAGUCGUCUUAGGAACCUGCACAACACAUGUGAUGGCAUUCUUGCAUUUCGUUGUUUGCAGCGCUUGCUUGUGUACAAUUGUCCUAUGGUGACCAAAUUGCCAUCCGGGUUACACAAGGAAGAGCAUGUGCCGGUGAUACUGGGCCGACAAGACUGGUGGCAACGAUUAGAUUGGGAGGAUAGUAGCAUGGAAUCUACAUUGAACUCAUUCUUCCGGGAACUGCCAUUAAGUUUUCAAGGAGAUGUUGGAGAUGUUUACAGGGCACUAGCUCGCUAUUAA